GAGGGGGUACUUCCGUAUCCGGUCGGACCAUGUUAGUUUGAGCAACAGAAUAAUAAAACAAAUUCUAUACACUACUGCGGAUAAAACCAGAGUUAAAAUGUUGCUGAUUAUUUCUCACACAAGAUCUCUGUUAAAAAUAAAUAAAUAAAAAAUAAAUAACAUCCGUUUCUUGUGAAAACAGAAAGACUCCAGGUGGAUAAAACGUGGGAGGUUCAACUCUACCGCUGGGUGACGGUGCUCUUCGUGUCUGUCUACUAAAACAGCUGUCAACACAACUCAUGUCUCCAACUUGUUGUUGAUUUGGAAAGAAAACAUUAUUAAUACGGUUUUUAUACUGGACACCGAAAGCAAACUGGUGAGAGAUUUAAUUCGAUAACGACGUUGUUUAUAUUGUCUGUCAGGACCCAAAGCAUCGCAACCUGGACACAUCUAAUACUAUAAACGGUGAAGUACGGGAUAAACCGCAGGGGAAGGUCUCACUGAAGUGUGGCAGCCCAGACAGGGGUUGGCCACGCCCCCAGAGGGAGGGGCUAAGACCAAUGUAGACAAACUGAAGGACCGAUUGGUCCUGUUCUCUGCUAACUCCUCACCCUCUUGUAUGGAGCUGGCCAAUAGGAUCGCAGAGAGACUGGGAGUAGAGCUGGGGAAGACUGAAGUAUACCAGGAUUCUAAUGGAGAAACGCGUAUCCAGAUCCAGGAGUCGGUCAGAGGGAAAGACGUCUACAUCAUCCAGACCAUCUCACCGUCAGUUUAUACAGGAUACACCUGGUGUACACAGGAUGUGAACCGGUGCCUGAUGGAGCUGUGUGUGAUGGCGUAUGGGUGCGUGACGGCGUGCGCGAGGAGUGUGUGUGGUGUGCUGCCGUACCUACCCUACAGUAAACAGUGUAAGAUGAGGAAACGGGGAUCCAUCGUCUGUAAGCUGAUCGCCUCUCUGAUGUGCAGGGCAGGUCUGACCCAUCUCAUCACUGUGGAUCUUCAUCAGAAGGAGAUUCAGGGCUUCUUCAACAUCCCAGUAGACAACCUGAGAGCUUCUCCCUUCCUACUGCAGUACAUACAGGAGGAGAUUCCAGACUACCAUAAUGCCGUCAUCGUGGCCAAAUCACCGUCCUCCGCUAAGAGGGCCCAGUCCCUCGCCGAGAGGUUGCGUGUGUCUAUUGCUGUGAUCCACGGUGAUGCAGAGACGGACCUGCUGGACGGACGGCACUCUCCUCCGACAGUCAGAACCACCGGAUGUCUACCUGAACUACCCUUCUGUAUCCCUAAGGAGAAGCAUCCUAUCACAGCCGUGGGAGAUGUGGCCGGACGCAUCGCCAUCAUCGUGGAUGACAUCAUCGAUGAUGCAGUGGGUUUUGUGGCGGCAGCGGAGAUGCUGAGGGAGAGGGGGGCGGGGCCGAUCAUCGCCAUGGCAACACAUGCCAUCCUGUCUGCGGACGCUCCCAGAAUCCUCCAGGAGUCAGCCAUUAGUCAGGUGGUGGUAACCAACACGAUUCCCCACUCGUCCCAGAAGCUCCAGUGCUGUAAGAUAAAGACGGUUGAUGUUUCUCUGAUCCUGUCUGAAGCUGUACGGAGGAUCCACUGUGGAGAGUCAAUGUCUUGUCUGUUCCACAACAUAGGAGCUGACGACUGAUACACACACACACACACACACACACACACACACACACACACACACAGACACACACACACACACACACACACCACAGACACACACACA